UCAUAGCCAUGCGUCCUUGUUGAACACAAGAGGAAGGAAGAGCAGUUUGUUGUUGGAAGUUUUCUGCGCUGCAAGGACUGCCUCCGCUAUCGGAAUACGGAAUAGCUGCUAAGCUUUUCACGAAGUCCGAGCUUGAAAUGAAACUAUAUGUUAUAUUAGUGACAUGGCAGCUUUUAUAUGCUGGGUUGGCGUCGGCGGUAGAGCCCAUCAGCACAAGCAUCGCGGUGGGCAUGGCAGCAGCACUAACUGGAUUUCUCGCCAGUUAUCCCAAUCUCUUUUACCACUUUCACGAAUGCUGUCGACCAGAAUGGAUCUCCUUCAACGACACACAUCUGGAUCUGGCCUUGAACAAGAAGCUCUUUGGGCAACAUGUGGCUUCCCGUGUGGUCCUGAAAACAGUGACCGGAUACAUGAACAAUCCGAAUCCCAAGAAACCUCUGGUGCUCUCCUUGCACGGCUGGACAGGAACUGGGAAGAACUUUGUGAGCCAGCUGAUUGCAGAGAGCAUCUACCACGAAGGCAUGCAGAGCGGAUUUGUGCAUUUGUUCACGGCAACUGCGCAUUUUCCCCACCAGAAACAUCUAGAAAUGUACAAGGAGCAGCUACAAAUGUGGGUGAAGGGGAACGUCACCAAAUGUCCUCGCUCCAUGUUUAUAUUUGAUGAGAUGGACAAAAUGCAAGCUGGCUUGAUCGACAGCAUUAAGCCAUACCUAGACUACUACGAGAAUCUGGAUGGGGUUUCUUAUAGAAAGGCCAUCUUCAUUUUCCUCAGUAAUGCAGGAGGGGAGAAAAUUGCAGAGGUAGCUCUGGACUUCUGGAACCAGGGACGGGACCGAGAAGAGAUCCAGCUGAAAGAUUUGGAAAUGGCGGUCACGCUUUCAGUUUUCAACAACAAGCAGAGUGGAUUCUGGCAUGCCAGUUUGAUCGACAAGAACCUGGUGGAUGUCUACGUGCCCUUCCUUCCUUUGGAGCUCAAGCACGUGGUCCAGUGUGGUGUGGCGGAGAUGGAGUCCAGAGGCAAACAAGCAGACCGGGAUGUGGUGGAACGUAUGGCACAAGACAUGAACUACUUCCCCAAAGAUGCACGCCUUUUCGCCACACAAGGCUGCAAAGUCAUCUCCAGUCGUCUGGAUUACUACACUUAGUACCCUCAGUGGAGGUGUUGACUGUAGAAAUUGACUUUGUUUUCAUAGGGGGAGGGGGAGGUGGAGCGGGGGCAUAUUGUCUCUCAUUCACCCGGCUCUCUGCAUUCGCCAUGUUGGAUGCCUACUGAUCUUAUGACUCAUCACUGGAUAGACGAUGGGUUUUAAAACGUUUUAAUUGGAAGAUGUUUUUAGUAAUUUUGAAUGUGAGGUGUUGGCUCAGGGUGAAUAUGUGUCAGUAUGAAUGUGUGUGUGUGUAGAUAUGAAUGAAUGUAGAAUGAAAAAGGUGUGUAUGGAUGAAGGAGUUAUGUUUUAGAUAAUUGUUCAGAUGCACCACUGCAAUCACAGUGUUUCCUAACAAAGUGUGACUUGACAGGAGCAUCCCUGCACUACAAGCAAAUAACUGUGACUGUCUAUUUUAUAUAUUUUGUAAAAAACGGACUGUGCUCUCUUUUUUGAGGAGCAUCUACAGACUUUACACUAUAAAAUGUCCGGUGUUGCUUUUGAUGAACAUUGAUUAUAAUUAGUUGGAUGAAACCAA